AUGCAUCUUUCCAUUCGACAACCACGGAAUCCAAACUACGAGGAAGACAUCGUUUACGUGACGAAACACAACAAAUGGGUUUUGAAUUCUAUCGGGAUGUGGCCUGCUAUGCUAAAAGGCAUCGGCAAAUUUGUACCAAAAAUUGUAAUAGGUCUCAGUAAUUUCGUGUCGGUUUUCAACGUACUGCAGUUUGUGCUUCACGUUAUACUGGAAGAAAAAGAUCCUUCAUUAAGACUGAGAUUUUUAGGCUUGAUUUGUUUUGCUUCAACCAAUCUGAUGAAGUAUUGGGCUUUGAUAGCGCGCAGACCGAACAUCGAAUACUGUAUCGAACAGGUGCAGACAGACUGGAAGCAGGUAGAAUUCCAAAGAAAUCGCAUGCUGAUGCUAAAAUAUGGAAAAAUCGGUCGAGAUCUCACCAUAUACAGUGCCGUGUUCAUGUACAGCUCUGAAAUGUGCUAUAUUACAAUCAUGCAAUAUGCAAUGGCAUCAGUCCUGAGGGAAAAUAAUCGUACAACCAGAGUACUAGUGUACCCUACAUAUAGUGGAUUUUUCGACGCCCAAAAAACUCCUAUCUACGAAAUCGUGUACGUUCUCCAAUGCAUGUGCACACUUUUGUUCAACUCUGUGACAGUUGCGUGUUGUGGAUUGGCUGCACUUUUUGCAACACACGCUUGUGGGCAGAUUGAUGUCGUUAUAUCUCAAUUAAAUGAUCUGGUCGAUGGAAAAUUUGCCAAGAAAAAUUCUGAGCCGGACACUCGACUGAUAGAAAUCGUAAAGAACCACAUAAGAAUUUUAAAAUUUUCUACGAUGAUUGAGACGGUUCUGCAGGAAGCGUGCUUUUUCGAAUUCGUUGGUUCCACGUUGGUAAUAUGCUUGCUCGAAUACUACUGUAUAACGGAAUGGCAAGAAAAUAAUAAGAUUGGUGUGGCAACAUUCUCCAUGCUAUUAGUAUCCUUAACAUUUAAUAUGUUCUUGUUAUGCUACAUUGGCAAUCUUCUAAUAGAAAAGAGUGCUAACAUCGGAAUAUCUUGCUAUAUGAUUGACUGGUACCGCUUACCAGUCAAAACAGUUCAAGAUCUUAUAUUGAUCAUCGCUAUGUCGAAUAAUCCGGUGAAAAUUAGCGCUGGCAGAAUGUUUCUUUUAUCCUUGCCUACUUUCGGAAAUAUUCUAAAGACAUCAUUCGCGUACUUAAACUUCGUUCGGAAUGCCACUAUGUAAUAAUUUAAUAAUUUCCGUUAUUUUCGUAUAUUCAUUUAUGGAAUAGUAAAUAAAGAAAUAUAUUGUAAAAAUGUUUGUUGCUACCUAAAUAUAC